ACAAACCACAAAUAACCACCAUACAGGGAAGAAGCCACUUUGUUUUGAUGGCUUCGUUUGAUCGUGUGAAACAAAGUUUCGCACAUCAAUUUCCAUCGAAGAAAAAUUGAUCACGAUUCUAAAUUACGUGAAAGUUAUCAGUUUCGUUGACUGGAUGUGUAAGGAAUUGCACGUGAUGCACCGAUGGUAAGUAGAAAGCUGUGAUUGCCGAAAAAAUGGAAACCGAUAUCGGUAGGCGUAUUCACUGAUCGUCCCCUUCGAUGAUUGAAAUUGGCUGUGAGGAACAACGAAACACGAACAGGUCGUAUACAGAUCCAACACUAAUUGGGCGAGUUGACAGUAUUCAACAGCAUCAUGUUAUUUCGAAAGACCGUAAAUAGUGUUUUCUGGAUUUGCUGCUUGCUGGCCUUGUUAUUUGCUUACUUCAAUAAAAGCUUGAAGCACCUUCUCCGACGGGGUCGUGUCAGGCCACUGAAACAUUCCCAAACUAUCCACCAUGCGUGGAACAUUUGCUUCUUCACGGCAGCCACGAUAUACCUCUCGCUGUAUCACAAACUGUUGAUACAUCCGGAGAUUGCGAACCAGAGCAGCAAAUACUUCCCUCAAUACAACAACACCAUCUUCCUCACGGCGUGCGAUGUGGUCAAAUUUGAAUUUGUAACCAUGCUGUUGAUUGCCUUCGACGUCAAUGGCGCGCUUGGCCGAGCCAAACAUGGCGACUAUUCGGAAGCCAUUUCGAAGCUUUUCUACGCAGCGUUAUUGCUGUGCUGCUUUGUAUUACGCCUGGAGAACUACAGCGUAUUGUUGAAUCUCUACUUAGGGAUAUUCAACACUAUACAAGAGUUGUUGCUUUUGUUUUCGCUACACACCAAGGAGAAAAGUGAUAGUACUUUAAAACUGUAUGUGAUAUUUAUUUUUAGUUCUUGGUCCUACCUGUUCCUUAAUGUUCUCCCGUUUGAGUUUCUCAUUCCCACCCUCUACGCUAACAGUAAGGAGCUCUAUCUGUAUUUGAAUCUCUUCUUCUGGUUGUGGUACUGUUCGUGUAUUUGGAAUUCUCCGAUACUGAAAUACUUCUACCAUAAAAUCUACCAUUUACAACCGAAUGAUUGCAUCGGAGGAGAAUCUUCGGUACGUUGCAUCCUGUUCAAGGAUUCGCCCAAUUAUCGACACUAUCGAUCCGUCAAGCAGGCGUACCUGGAGCUGCAGCUGUUUCACGACAAAUGCAAAAUUAGCGGUACGCGACAUAGAGAAGGCGAGAAUUCAUCAACCAAAGUGCUUCAAACUAUAAAAUGCGUGUUGGCGGUGAAGCGAAAACUGAAACGAAUGCGCGAAAAUCGCGAUCAGUUGUGCGAAGACUGAUGGUAUUAUGGCACAAUUCCCAUGCUUAUUUAGGUAGGUACAACUACGAUACAGAAACAAACAUACACCUCAUCAGUGCAAACAGCUUUUCAAGCACAUUGAACAUAACCUCAAUGCGAACAAGCCGGACAUAGAUCGUAAGGUUUACUUUGUAGUUUAGCGAGAAAAUGAAACAAGGAGGCUGAGUAAAUAAAUUUCGCUCAUUUAGCAAAGGUU